AUGGAUCAAUCCAUGACCCUCAUUGAUGCCCAGGUGCACUUCCUAGACGAACGCGUGGUGCUGGUGCACAUCCCGCUGGAGCUGUACCCGUACUUUCUCAAGGCAGUUCUCAAGCUGAUUUUUGAUGAAAUCCCACCACUCGAGAAUGAUGGGGAAAAUGACGAUGAGGAGUCUGACGAUUUUGACAAUGUCUCGGAAAAUGACUUCAAACCGCCGGCCUUUAUGAAUAUCUCUAUCACGCCCGUCGAGGUCUCGGUCAUGUGCCCCAGGCGUCUAGUCGACAAGUACUUUGGGCCUGUCAUGGACCAGCUCGACCAACUUGAUGGUUCUCUGCGUUCCCGCUUGGUCAUCAGCGAGAACGACUUCAUCGCCAUGCAGGUCCUCGGCGAAGGCCUCGAAGCCGGUAGGCGGGUGCUCGACCUAACGACUCCGCUCGCUCUGGCUGGAAUCUCCAUCUUCUUUAUUUCCACUUAUUUCUCCGACUACAUCGUAGUCCCGAGCCAGAGCAAAGCAAGCGUCAUGUCAGCUCUUGAAGCUCGUGGUUUCCAAUUUGACAACGCAAGCGCUGCUUUCAUCAACAGCCCCCUCAGCCCAACAGCAGAGAGACGACUCAGCGACCUAAUACCACCAAAUACUCCACCACCUUCAACAGUAUCAGAGCUUCAAAUUCGCACCUUUGACAGUCUCCGCAAACGCCAGAUCUCUCCCUCGGUAGACAAAACCCUCCGUCUAGUCCAGUGCGCUGCCCACCACCAAUACCACAGCGAAGACAGCUCAAUGUCCAUCCUCCGCGACGCCCUAACAACAGUCCUCCUAGUCGACGAACCACGCUUCCUCUCCCUGACCUUAGCAGCCCUGGACCCAGCUGCCUCCCUCCUCCUAGAGAAGCGCCUCCUCCCCCGCUUCGCGCUCCGAGCUUCAUCCCACGGGACCUACGAAGACGGCUCGGGUCUCCUCCUUGGCUCAAAAGAAGACUGCCUGAUUCCAAUCACGCUGGACUUACGAGACCUCCCCCUCGAAGCAUCAGGAAUAGUCUGUGGUGUAGCCGGCCGCCUAGCAGAAGCAGCACACAGCCCCCGCGCUUCACUCUCAACAGCCAUCUCCAGCAUCGGCAGCAACGCAAGCAGCGUCAUUGGUUCCGUGCCUAGGCUUUUCGAUACAUUCGGUACCCGCCUAGCAUCUCUUUCGAUGUCUGGUAAAAAAUCCCCCCCGCAUUGUGCCGCGCCAUCGCAUAAUCUCCACCCGCUGGCUAUGUCGACUCAUGAUCUCCAACCAGAUCUGGAUUCUGCUGCUGAUGCUGUGGAGAUUAGUUUCUUGUCUACUGCGCGCGCGGGUACUAUUAUUGUUGGUGAAGAUGAGCUUAAACGCGCUAUUGAUGCUCUUGAGGCGGAAAAAGAGCCUAAGUUGUUGGAUUUGCAGGCUGAUUCGCAAACCCCACCUGAUAGUCCGCCGCAGCGGGGUUGA